GGUGGGGGCAAGGAUUAACCAAGAGGGAGCAUUACCAUUUUUACCAUCUGCUUUACAUCUGCUACAUCAUGUUUCAUCUUGAGAAAUGAGUUUUAUGGAAUAAAUGCUUACAAAACACUUAUAAAAUAUAAUCACUAUUAAAAUACUGACGUCAUAAACCACUUGGUGCCAGACUUGUAAAAACAUAAAUUUGAAAUAAAAAUCAUUGACGAGUUCGAAAAGUAAAUAAAACCAGUUGGGAUAAUUUUCUAAAGCAGAAUGAGGAUUUACUAUUUGAAUAACGUUUCAAAAUACUUAGUUUGUUCAGUUCCAAAUAAAUAAGACAGUCGAGGUUAUCACAAGUAAAAACAUGUUUCUGUGUAAAAUUGUGUUUAUUCUGUUUCUAUUAACUAGUGGAAGGAAUUGUGAAGAACCUCGCUGUUCUAAAUAUGAUUUUGAGGAAAAGGUUCUGGAAAAAAUGGUACGCAUGGAAUUUCAAAUGGAGCAAAUGAAAAGUGAAGUAGAACAAUGCGUUAACAGAGUUGAAAGUAUCAAGGUGAAAGUUAGUGACCAGAUGACGACAAAUCAACAAGAGCUAGAAAAAGGUUUUAAUGUCAGAAUGAAAGAAGUAUCUAAUUCCAUAGCAAUAGCUAAGGCAAAACUUCGCGAACUUCAAGAUUUUAAAGAUACGGCUGUUACACCAACAAUUGCAUUUAAGGCAAGAUUACAUGUAGACACAACAGUGACAACUUUUGGUCAGACGAUAGUGUUUCCAACAGUAAUCUUUAAUGAAGGAGACGCGUAUAACCCUAAUACAGGAAAGUUUACAGCACCCGUCAGUGGGACAUACAUGUUCAGUUUAGCUUUUUGUGUCUACAGCAAAAAAUCACUGGUUGUAUCUAUAAUGAUUGAAGAGACGAAAUACACAACGUCAAUGUUCUAUGGCGAUGCAAAUCAUGAAUGUUUAUCUGCUGAUACAGUAGCGAUAGCGAGCGCUGGACAGAACAUAUGGGUUCAAGUACUACCAGCUAGUAGUAUUGGUCCUUCGAAAAUUCUCGACCAAGAUGUUUACCGAUGGAAUACAUUUUCUGGUGCUUUGAUAAAUAGGCGUUAA